UCCUCGCUCGCUCUCUCUCUCUCUCUCUCUCUCUCUCUCUCUCUCUCUCCCCCCUCCUGUCACACACUCUGAGGCAACGACCACCAAAUCAGACACACUCCCUCUCUCUCUCAUCCGUAGCUCCAAAAAUCCAAUAUGCCUCCGCCCCAUCAGCCUCACUCGCACUCUCACCGCCGUUCGAUCGACCCCAAAAUCUGGAGGGCCUGCGCCGGAAACUCCGUCCAAAUCCCCUCCCUCCACUCUAGGGUUUACUACUUCCCCCAGGGACACCUUGAGCAAUCCUCCUCCUCCAACUCCUCCUCCUCCGCCGCCCUCCUAUCCCCUCUCCUCCUCUCCAAGCCUCUCAUUCUCUGCCGGAUCUCCGCCCUCCACUUCCUCGCCGUCCCCACCACCGACGAGGUCUUCGCCAAGAUGCUUCUCGUACCUAUUCCCCAGGAGUUCCCCAACCUCGAGCAGCCGAACGGAGAGGAGUUCGACGCCGAUGAUGGCGGGGACUCGGAACGACAGGACGACAAAGUCGUUUCGUUCGCGAAGAUACUGACGCCUUCGGAUGCUAACAAUGGGGGUGGAUUCUCUGUUCCAAGGUUCUGUGCCGACUCUAUAUUCCCUCCGCUUAACUACCAGGCCGACCCGCCGGUCCAGAUGCUUUCCGUCACCGACCUCCACGGUGUCGUUUGGGAAUUCCGGCACAUAUACAGGGGGACUCCGAGACGGCACUUGCUUACCACCGGCUGGAGCAAGUUCGUCAACCACAAGAUGCUCGUCGCUGGCGACUCUGUCGUUUUCAUGAGGAACGGGAGAGGUGAGAUGUUCAUCGGCGUCCGCCGCGCCGUUAGGUCCACUGCCAGCUCCGAUUGCGCUAGGUUGAGCUCUCAGAUAGGAGGCGGAGUGACGUACUCGACGAGGCUGAAUACGGAGGAUCAGGACUGUUCUGGAAGGAAGGUAAUGUCAGCGGAGGCGGUGGCCGAAGUGGCGGAAAUGGCGGCGGAGGGGAGGCAGUUUGAGGUGGUGUAUUAUCCAAAAGCGGGGUGGUCGGACUUUGUGGUGAAGGCUGAGGUGGUGGAGAAGGCCUUGAAGGUGUUUUGGACAGCUGGGAUGAGAGUGAAGAUGGCCAUGGAGACGGAGGACUCGUCCCGGAUGACUUGGUUUCAGGGAACUUUGUCAACGACCUCGGUACCGGAAAAUGGGCCUUGGCAGGGCUCACCCUGGCGCAUGCUUCAGGUUACAUGGGAUGAACCUGAAGUUCUGCAGAACGCUAAGAGGGUGAGCCCGUGGGAAGUCGAAUUUGUUGGAUCAGCACCUUCAAUUCAUACUACCUUUUCCCCCACAAAGAGAUUCAGAGCUCCUCUGAGUCAUGGGCUGUUGACCAAUGCAGAGGGAGAAUUCUUUUUUCCUAUGACGGGAGCAGCUAAUUCAGCAAUGGUGCCUUUUAGUGCAUCCUUGUUGAACUAUAACAAUUUUCCUGCGGGCAUGCAGGGAGCCAGGCAAGAUACAUUCUGUGUAUCUAAUCUAUCCCACUUGUUAAGUGAAAACACUCCUCAGAUGUGCACUUUCAAUUCCAUUGGCAAAAAUGAGGGGCCAAAGUUGAAGAGGGUGUGUACUGAGUUGAACAUUGGUAGUUCACAAUCUGAUGAAUUGUCACCAGAUAGCCAGAGUAGUGUGCAAUCCUUUGGCAUGGAACUUGAUGGAAACCGGUCGCAGACAAAGGUUGGCAGAAGUUCGUUUCAGCUGUUUGGUAAGAUCAUUUAUCUGAACCAGCCUGUUGAAGGAUGUUUUGAUGAUGUUGGUUGCACCGAGGACAGUGGCAACAAAGGGUACAAUGAAACUGAAGAAGGGCACAACCAACUGGAUCUUUCUUUUACCAAACUUCUUGAUAGGAUUGAUGUUCAAUGUCAGAGAGCAUCAGCUCUUGAAGCUUGUACUUUGUGAACUGCUGGUGGCUGCGGUGCCAUAAGUUGCUGUACAGGCGCUCAAGGCCGGCAGGAAGCUGGCUACUAGUCUUAAGGUGUUGCAGUAGUGAAGUGUUAUUGUUGGGGUUUGUUUAGUUUGUUGUGUUGGACGGUUGAACGAUCAGUGGACUUGGUUUCCUAUGCUCCAUCCAGACCAAGUUAUUUGACGAUGUUAAUGCUAGAACGUGACAUUAUUAUUGCUUUAGGAAUUGGUGGCGCUCUUUGUUUCUUUGAUGGGUUAAUUUGAUUGUUAUUAUUAUUACUACCAUAAAUUUGAUAUGUUAAACUGACGUGGGUGAUGCUUUCUUAAAAAAAAAAAAAACAGCAGAAUUUGUGUCUUGUAA